AUGAGGAAUGGAAUUGAGCUACUGGUGAGACGAGUUUCAGCGAUACCUCAACACUCGAUUUCUUCUACCUUCCGAUUUCUUCCUCAGUUUUGCUCAUCCUCUUCUGCUUCACCCAGUUCCAAGCUCUUCAUCGGAGGAUUGUCCUGGUCGGUGGAUGAGCAAUCGCUCAAAGACGCAUUCUCUUCCUUUGGGGAGGUUUCAGAAGUUAGGAUUGCGUACGACAAAGGAAGUGGGAGAUCAAGAGGAUACGGCUUUGUAGAUUUUGCAGAGGAGGACGAUGCUCUAUCUGCGAAACACGCCAUGGAUGGGAAGGGAUUAUUGGGUCGGCCAUUGAGAAUCAGUUUUGCCCUUGCAAGGGUGCGUGGUGGUCCUGUGGUUGUUCCGCGUUUUGGAAAACAACCCAAGAGAGACAGAUAG